UCCUGUCAUGUCAGCAGGAUAUUUUGUGUAGUUUACGGAUUUUCGAGAAUUUUGAACAAAUUUUCCGAUUUUCCUACUUUUAGAUUUCAUAAAAUCCUCCGUAAACAAUGGCAUACUUAACUCAACCGGACUAUGUCACAUACGUGUGUUCGUGUGGCCAGCUGAAGCCUAUAACAAGUUUAUAUUUCUGUCGGCACUGCUUGCAGAUACGCUGCGGUUUCUGUAUUUGUCAUGAGGUGGAUUCCCACUACUGUGCAAACUGUUUGGAGAACAUGCCGUCAUCUGAAGCACGGUUGAAGAAGAACCGAUGUAGCAGUUGCUUCGACUGCCCGAGCUGCUUCCACACACUGUCCACUAGGGCUACUUUAGCUCAGCAGCGGCAGUCUCAGGAGGCUGCCGCGGCCGGAGAUGCUAAAGUAGAGAACAAAGCCUCUAAGAAGAUGUAUUACUUGUCGUGCUUCAACUGCAGGUGGACCUCCAGGGAUGUCGGUAUUCCAGAUCAGCCAGUUGCGUCAGGCGGGUGGCCGGAGCGCACGCACCCGCACGCGGCGCGGCUGGCGGCGCUGCUCGAGCACUGCCGCGCCAUCAGCCAGCUCGAGAAGCAGGACCGCCUCGAGAAGGAGCGGAAGAAGUUCACCAUCAGGGGGAAGUACAUCACCCUCACUGACAAGACUGGCCUGACCGGGGCCAUGGCGCGCAGCCUGGCGGGCAUGCCGGCGGAGGGCGCGCCCGCGGCCGGCUUCCCGCCCAGCGUGGCCGAGGAGGAGGUGGAGGGGCUGCCCGAGGACUUUUAUACGAGGGAGGUGGAUUUGAAGCAGAUAACGAGCAUGCCGCAGCGGCUGGCGUCCCCCGAGUGGCAGCCCGUGCUGGUCUCCCGGCUCCAGCCGCUGCCUCGAGCGCUGAGCGUCAAGCGGAGUCAGCGCUGCCGCCAGUGCGACCACAACUUGACGAAACCAGAGUAUAACCCGGGGUCCAUCAAGUUCAAGAUCGAGCUUUUGGCGCUCUACCACGUGCCAGAAGUAAAGAUAAUCUCGUGCUCUCCGCUCAAGCCGGGCGGCUCUGGCUCGCUACUCCUCAAGCUGUGCAACCCCACGCCGCACGAGCUCGCGCUGCGCCUGCUGCCACAUGACUAUGGAACUGAAGUGGAGGAAUGUGCAGAGGAAGAAGAAGGGGAGGAGAAGGAGCCCAAGCCAAAGAAGGAGGUCUCCAAGCGGCCGGUGCUGCCGUCCUACUCGCACCUGUCGCCGCUGGACGUGUCUCUCUCGCUUGCACAGAGGGACGACGCGGCGGAAUAUGAUGAUGAUGCGCAGGCUGCGCAGCCGCAACAUGAGAUCGUGAUGUGGCGCAAGUCCAACAAGAUGGCGCUCCGGCUGAACGUGUCUCUGUCCGAGGACGCGCCCGCCGACCGCUGCGCCGUCGCAUUCACGCUCGAGUACUCUUACAGAAACACGCUCCCUCCCAGCGCGGCGGCGCCCCGACAGCCGCAGGACCACACGCUGCGCACCACCGUGCUGCUUGACCUCGGUAAACUGACGGUCUAAACUCGUUAACUAAACCAGUCAUCAUCGUCAUCAGCUUGUACACUGCUGGAGAACGUAUGUAAGGAAUUAGCAAGGGAAAAUAUACAUGGCGAUAGAAAACUCCUUUAUGGCGAAAAAGGUAAAGGCAAACUAGAUGAGAGUGAAAUAAUUGAGGAUCGUAGAUAAGUGCCUAAAAUUUUAAUAUUCUGUACUUAUGUAUUGUAAAAAAAAUUGUAUUAGCUGCUAACUUUAAGAUUAUGUAACCAGCUUAACUAUGUAAAUGAAAACUACACAUUAUAAAUCAAGUAUUUUUGGCUGCAGUUGUGUACGUAUUCCGUAACAUAUUAUGUAACUUUUAGGGAUUUGUGAUGAUAACCUCAUUAUUGUAACUUUACCUGAUAAGGUGAGAUUAACUCAUUUGGUAUUAUUAUUUCACUUAAUAAAUGAGAUUUUAU